AUGACGACAAAGUCCGCCGCGAUUCUAAGUGCCGAUAAUAACCUUCUCCUCGAAGAACCUCUUCUUCGACUACCCCUCGAGGUUCUCCGAAAGAUCUUCAAGUCCUCCCAGAGAUACAUCGAGAACGAUGGUAAAAAGCUUACCGAGCUUGCCCGAGAUGCCGGUGCCAAAGCCCCGCAGGUCUCACAAGAGGCGUCCCUCGAGAGUCUCAACGCUAUGAUUACCCGCAUGCAAACUCUCAAACGGAAGAUGGAAACUCUUCAUGAAGAGGAAAAGGUCGUACACGCACAAUCUCGGAAACGUGUUUCGCAUCUAAAUGAUCUACAUUCUCUUUCGUCAUUACUAGAAGAUGGCUACGAAUCGUGGAGUAAAAUCCGUUUAGACCGGUUUAUGGUAGACUACAUGCUACGGAAUGGAUACAGCAACAGCGCAAAACAAUUAGCCCAAAAGCAGGGUAUUGAGGAAUUGGUGGAUGUAGACGUGUUUGUCCAAUGCUGGACUAUCGAGGAGAGCUUGAGGAAUAAGAAAACGACCGAGUGCCUAGCUUGGUGCGCGGAGAACAAGAACUCGUUAAAGAAAAUCAAGAGUACCCUUGAGUUUGAAUUGCGUCUGCAGGUUUACAUCGAAUAUGUGAGGGAACGGAAGUUAAAAGAAGCAGUUACGUACUCGCGGAAGUAUCUCUCUGGCAGUUGCGACACCCACACUACAGAAUUUCUUCGCGCGUCUUGCAUACUGGCUUUUCCUCCUGAAAGGCCUGGCCCAUAUAAAGCCCUAUACGCUGAGGGUCGCUGGGACCAUUUGGUGAAAACAUUUGUAUCGACCCACCAUAGCCUUUACAACCUACCCCAAGAACCUCUACUCCAUGUUGCUCUUGCUGCCGGACUAUCAUCGUUGAAAACUCCAAGUUGCCAUUCUACUCUAUCGACAAGGCAUAAUACUGCCUGUAGCGUUACGAGUUUAUGCCCAAUUUGUUCUACGGAACUCAACGAGUUGGCCAAACCGGUACCAUAUGGGCAUCAUACUACUAGCUGGGUAGACCAUGACCUCAUAGUGCUGCCGAACGGAAGGGUCUAUGGAACAAAACGACUUUCGGACUUAGCGGGGAAGCUUGGCCUCGACAGUGGGAAGUACAGAGACCCGAUCUCGGGCGAAGAAUUUGAAAGGGCAGAUGUUCGAAAAGUGUUUAUUUCAUAA